CAUCACGGGACGCCAGCGAAAAGUCGGCAUAUGUGGCUGCUGCUGAAAAUGGAAUAGGCGAUAGGCGCAUGCGCGGUGCUCGGGGCUCAGGCACGAACAUUCAUGUAGGUUAACAUAUCGGAAUGAGCGUGUGCAUGCACGCGUUGCGUAUGUAUAUUCACGCCAGCAAAUAUGGCAAGCGUUAAUAUUAGCCUUGCUCCACCCACACAUGCGCGACCAUCACCUCAUGUGCUCACGUGCAUGCUGGAUGUCGUCUGAAGGGGUCGUGUCUCGCUGUGAUAUUACGUCACUCGUCUCCAGAUGAGACCUUCCAUCCGAUGCUGCAGAGCUGUACCAUCGAGGACAUCCCGCAACAGCUGGCGCUCUCCAUCGACUACCGACCGCUCACGUCAUCAGGCGCGUUCCACCACGGCACGAGGGUAACGGCGCGCUGUCAGGAGAUCGGCAUGUACAAGCGCCUUGGUGCAUCAUCCUUUCUCUGCGAUGAUGGCGUCUGGAGGCCGCCGCGGCUGCCCGCCUGCCAGCCCACCAGCGUGCUCACCAACUUCUCACAGGGUGCUCCGCCGACGAUCGUGCACCACGUGCCGACGGGGUCUGUGCAGCCGACGGCGGACGGCCACCUGCUCGUGUACCCGGGCUCGAUUGUGCACCUUGACUGUCUGUUGCUGCGAACCCGCGGCACGCCCGUCUGGGAGUGGUCCGCUACCACUCGUCGCUACCCCACAGGCUGGGCUAUUGCGCAGGAGGAGCGCAACUGGAAGUAUCGCCUGUCCGUGUACUACACUCGCACCACGGACUCGGGCAACCUGACCUGCCGAGCACCGGACGGCGCCGAGAACGUCAUCCACAUGGUGGUCAGAGGGGUGCAGUGUCCAACCGUGGUGGACGUGAAAUCGCUGCGGCUGCCGUCGACCACUGACUCCCGACUGGGGCAGACUGUGACCUUCACCUGCCCCGCGGGUCACCGGCUGGUGGGGCCCGCCGCCGUCACCUGUCUCGCCAAUGGCCGCUGGUCGGGCCGCCUGCCGCAGUGCCAGACGGUCGAAUGUCCGCUGCUCACGCUGGAUGACCCGCACCUGCUGCUGACCUCGGUGAACCUGACCCACGGCAGCCGGGCGGCCUUCAGCUGCGCCCCCGGUCACCAGUUGGCUGGACACCGGGUCAUCCGGUGCCAGCAGGACGGCACCUGGAGCGGCCAGCCGCCCAUCUGCUACGCCGUGACUUGUCCGCAGCCGGGCACGCCUCGCAGCGGCUACGCAGUCCGCUCGGGCGGCACGGCCGUCGGCGAUACGGUCGAGUACUUCUGCAACCCGAAUCACGUGAUGGAUGGCGAGGCCUCCAGCUUCUGCACGGCCGGUGGCACCUGGUCCCACCCGACGCCCGCCUGUUUGCCCAUAUGUGAGUUCCCUGGAACUCCUCGUGGCGGCAACACCAACCCCGUGAGGUUCAGCUACCGUGUCGGCGAGCACGUGCAGUUCACGUGCAGCCCGGGCCACGUACUGGUCGGCAUGAUGCGCGCCACGUGCCAGGGGGACGGCUCCUGGUCGGGCGAGGCGCCCGAAUGCCGCGGCUACACGACCGCUUAGGCGUCUGGCGGAGGCCCAGGCACGCGGCAGCGAGACACCCACCACCUGGACGCUCUCUGCAGAGCACCUCGAGCAGCGGCCUCGUGGCAGCGCGGCCAGAUGGCGAGGCGUGAUAUGGAAGACCGAUCCAUCGCUCCAUCGAACACGCAUGUGCCCAAAGGCAGCAUUCAUCUUGGUGUGCGUGUAUCUAGCAAUAGACGAGACUCCGAUGAAAGAAAUGUUGGUAUUCCGGCAAACGCUAGAACUAAGUACAUGUGUUGGGGCGUUUUCACGUGGUGGUCUUGUACAUUUAUCCGCGAUGGCAUAAUUUGAACUUUCAUUUGCAUGCUUGGUCAUGACGCUAUGAUUUAAUUAUUCAAUUGCCAGCCACAUAUCUAUCAUAGCCAGUAGAACUAGCCAAAUGCAUUAUGCACCAAAAAAACGUUCGAUACUUGCAUUAAGGGCCUUAAGGUACAUAAAGAACAACUUGUCUCCGUUCAUGCGAUCAAUCGUGCUGGCGUACUUCAGACACACGUGAGGCAGUAAGCAUAUUUGUUUGGCUUCGAACUCAACACAGGCGUCGAAGAGGCAAAAUUCGUAUGACGUUUCUAUGACGACAUAAUCUCCUGGUGGCUUUAAAUAAGGCGGCGCGAAACAGUCUGCACACAUCUGCGGGCACCAAACACCGAAAUGAGUGGGUUUGAAAUCUCACAAAAGUUAUAACUGUAGAAAUGAGAGGGAACGAUUUUGAGCAUGGCUAUAUCCGUUCGAAACCCCAGCGCACCUCACAAGUCCGUUUCGGACAACAGCGCAACCAAGUGAUCCAUCGGUAAUUUUAUUGGCAUUGUAACCAAAAAAAGAUGCAUUCCAGAGCUCCUUUCUACAUGCUUCACCUUCUCACAGUAUGUAUCAUAAAGUCUCAAUUCUAACUCCAUUUGCCACUUUCGACUACCAUCACCAAUACCCAAUCACACAACAUCAUGAUAUACAUAAUAUACAUAAUAUACCAAUCCUCAAUCGACUAAGCUGUACUCAAGUCAUUCGAUGUCACAGGAGUCGGCGCGAUGUGGAAUUCGCGUAAUAAUCGUAGUACUCACUUCAAACCAUUUACAGCAGGUAAGCUCAGCUCAGUGUCCUGAAGAUAAAAUGUUGAUGGUGAUUUUGUUGCAAAGAACGAUGGUUAACUAGUCAUUAGGAUCAAUUGUUUUGUCUGAUUUCAUGAUAUCUAGCGGCCAGCUUUGACUCAAUAUCCCCAUAUUCCACGACAUCAUUCUAAAAGUGGUAGGGUGCACCAGUCCAUGGACACAAUUGAACGCGUUUUUGGUAUCCAUGUACGAUGUAUAGCUGUUGAGUGACGCGCCUGGUGAGACAUUUUCGUCGCAUAAUAUAAGAAAAAUUUCGACAGAAAUAAAAAAAUCAUGCACUGCCAAAACGCAGGAUGCCUUUGGGGAAGAGGACAAGAUUACUGAUGAUAUCACCACGCUUAGUACCUCCGUGAACUUGAGGAAGGAUUAAGUUUCAUAUUCAGAUCAAUAAGCGCCUGGCAGCGGACUUCCAUUUGUUUUGACAAUCUGCACACAAGAGUUCGUGUCAUUAUGAUUGUAUGAGGCAGGUGAACUUAGAUUGGCAAGCAGCUUGCUCUUCGCUUAGGUCCCAUUCAUGUAACCGAUGAACCAAUCAACUAAUUUGUAGUUGUAGCGUGUAACGCCAUAGCAUUAAAAGACCUCUUCGCCUUUCACAAAAAAUCCUGUGCAUUGGAUACGCAUCGAUCUCCUCACUACUGAUUGAUCUUGCUGUGAUGGGGAGGGUGCGUGCGAGGUUUGCACUUUGGAGAGAACAUUGUUUCAUCACUCUUUGAAUCUAAUGACUCCCAAUAAAAUGUGAUAUAUUGAUACCUGCCUGUAUCUUUAAGUCUACAUUUGAACAAUACAAGGUAGUGAUGUUGCCAAACUGAAAGAAACACUAGCACCCAUGCUGCUGGAGUGUUCAAAGCAAUUUGCCGCUUCAUUAUGAUUCUGCCGGCAUUUUGAGCCUGUUGGGGUAUUACAGCAUAUAAUGAAUCCAUUGCAUGUCAUUAUAUAAGCAAUUCAUCUAGUCAGUAAGGACAGGUAGGCAUAGCUCAUGCUUGAUAUAACCUUGCAUGACACAGCUUUGCAAAGUUGUCUUUCACUUAAGAAUUCUGAAAAUAUAGUGUUGUAUUAUUAUGGGUGCACUUAUGACUGUUUUAACAAACUGUGUAUGUAGGCAAGCAUUGCUUAUGGCUCAUCGUCAUAGUCACAGCAACUUGUAUUAGACGCUGGGUGAUGAGAAAGGUGCCGAGCAGUUUGCUGUUGGUUUCUUGGAUAGCACUUAAUAUUUUAUCAUGAGCCUUGUGCGCACCUCCAGCUUUAUCACUUCCUAGCAUUUCACCCAUC